CAAGUCUGUAAUUUUUGUUACUAUUGGUAAAACUUUCAAUAUAAUCUGUUCUAAACAGACGUCUGCUCCUCGACACAAGUUAUUUUAUAACAAGUAUCUAUUUUUUUCAAAUAUUUUGUAAGCCAGAACUUUUCUACGGAACUUUGAAUUCUUAACAUAAUCUUGGAGUAACUUUGAUAUAAGUUUGACAUAUGUCAGGAGCGCAUUUUUAACUGUCAAGCACUGUCAAGGUUAACUGAGCUGUCAAAACUCGAAGAAUAACAAAGCUGGUUUGUGCGUCGGAAUUGAAUUAAUGUUGACAGAAUCGCGAGAAAUUUAAUUUAAACUGAACAAUCAGCGAACGUUUGAGAAAAAUGCGACGAAAGGCCGGAGUGGGUGCAAUACACAAGCAGAAAUUGGAGCAGGAGAAGUACCGGGACAAGGGCACAGAGAUCCAGGAGAACCAAUUUGAGCAGAUGACGAAACACAUGGAGACGUUUCGCGUAAAUUUGGAGGAAUUCGCAUCCAAGCACAAGAACGAAAUUAAGAAGAACGCGCGUUUCCGUCGUCAGUUUACAGAGAUGUGCGCCUCAAUAGGCGUGGAUCCACUGGCGUCUGGCAAAGGAUUCUGGUCGGUACUGGGUAUCGGUGACUUUUAUUACGAGCUCGCCGUUCAGAUCGUGGAGGUCUGUAUGGCAACCAAUUACAAGAAUGGUGGCCUGAUAUCGCUGGACGAACUGAGAACACGCUUGAUCCAAGCCAGAGGACGCAGAAAGGAGCAUCAAGAGAUCACCAACGAAGAUCUAUUAGCUGCUGCGAAGAAGCUGAAAAUAUUUGGAAAUGGCUUCUCUGUGGUUCCCAUCGGCAGAGGAAGACACUUGGUGCAGUCGAUACCUGGUGAACUCAGCAUGGAUCAUACCGCUGUACUACGUCAGGCUAGUUUGUCCGCAAAUGCUUACGUCUCCAAAUCCAUUUUGUGCAAAGAAUUAAGAUGGGAGGAGGAUAGAGCGCAGAAGGCUCUGGAUCACAUGAUGAAGGAAGGUCUGGCUUGGUUGGACGGGCAGGGAGAAGACGAGACGUUAUAUUGGUUUCCCAGUUUAUUCACAGCUUGCAUCGUUUCCAAAGAAUAAGCUCUGUAUCGAUAUUGUUGUCACAUAUGUAGAAAAUAUUUUAAACAAAGAAUCGUUGCUUCUUAAGAUUUGUAUCUCUUUGGUAAAUAAAAUCAAAUAUUCUGUAAUAUUUA